AUGGCGACCCGACGAUCUCAGUUCCAUCAGGAAGUCCUCAUCGACACCACGCCGCUCCCUGACAACGUCCCUGCUGUCAAGGAGAUUGGUGCCAGCUCCGCGCCUCUCUUGUCGGCAUCUUUCUUCAUCGGCGCCCGAUGCCGCGACUACAACGAUGACUACAUGCAGUGCAAAACGGAGAACCCCGGCCGUGGCGAGUUUGACUGCAUGAAGGAGGGUCGUCGGGUGACUCGCUGCGCUCAAAGCGUACUCACGGACAUCAACACCCACUGCCUCGCCGAGUUCCGCAAGCACUGGGAGUGUCUGGACGACAGAAAUCAACAGCUUUGGCAGUGUCGUCCUGCCGAGUGGAAGCUGAACAAGUGUGUCUUUGAUAACCUGAAACUCGAGAAGAAGAUUCCCGACCAGCCCAAGAACGUUACCCCGGUCGAAUUGAGGCCAAAGCAGAUAUUUUCUGAUGUUCGCAUUGGACCUGGGGAUGGCAAACCCUUUAUUGCGGGACAGGACGCGAAGCAAUAA